AUGACUAUUGUGCAUAUUUCAAUGGAGAAGGAGCUGUUCCUUGGUAAUGGAAAUUAAUUAAAUAAAGUCAACACAUUUGAUUUUUGUAAUUAAUUAUUGAAAUAUACAUUUUAAUAUUAUACUUACAUAAUUUGAGUAUGUAUCCCUCAUAGUCACAUACGGUUUUAAAAAUGAGUUCAUUUUGGUAAACCAAACUCGUGUAAACCUACCAUAAGGUUCAGACGAUCAAAAAACUAAAAUUCUGUAGUGAUAGGUGAAAUAUACCUGCGUAAAUUUAAUUUGUAUGAUAAUUAUCAUAGGUAGUACCGGGAGUGCAUAAAAACCUGGAAUGCACAAUUCUUGAAAAUACACAUCUUGAAUCCAGAGAUUUAUCGUUAUUGUAAUUUGAACCAUACAAACCUGGAAUAUAAAAAUCUUGAAAAAUAAUUUUCUUUGUACUUUCCAGAUAUGUAUUUUCAAGAAUUGUAUAUUCCAGAUUUACACAUUCAAGGUUUGUACAUUCCAGAUUUUUACGCACUCUUCCUGGUAGGUUAGGUUAGAUUAGAUUACGCCACUAUUAAUUUUUGCGACCUUUUUAUAUUACUAUUCUAUUUAUCUACCAUCUAUCAGUAAUAAAACAAAGUAUUUGUACUAUGUACAAAUUUAAUAAUUUUGAUGUAAUACAAAAAUAUUAAGAAAUAACAAAUUGAAAAGUUUGUUUAAUGAAUGACAUAAUUACACAUAAUAUUUCUCUAGAGUAUGAUGAGUCAUAGAAACAAGGAAUUUGCUACUACAAAAUUUAUUGCUAGUUAUCAAAGAAUUAUCAAUAACAGCUUUUGAAUUGCCUAGUGCAUUUUUAGAAAUUUAGAACAAAAAUUAUUAGAUUACUUAACAAAAAUCCUAGCUAUGAUACUUUAAAUAUAAUUGAUGCUUACAUCAAUGGCACAACUAUUGCACUGCCCAACACCAUAACCAGUAACAUGUCUUCUAAGUUUAAAUACUGUCUUGUGAUGUUAAACAGUCUUUUUCUGCAUUCAAGCUAAUUUUGGAUAACAAGUGCCAUUGCUUUACAAUCAACCACUUGGAGCAAAAUUUGGUUUUAUACCGUUGUGAGAACUAUAGUCAUAAAUAAAUAUUCUGAACAUAGUCAUUUUUUUUUUUUACAAUAAGUUUCAUCAUCAUACAAUUGUCAAAAGUGUGUUUUUAAUUUCUUUAUUAGUGCAUAUUUGAACAUGAUCUAUGCAUAGUUCAGCCUUUAAUGCUUCAUAUUUGCAUACCUAUAGUAGUUUUGUUGCUUCAUAUAAUCCGUGGUUUAGUGAUGACCAAAAAUGUGGUCAUUAGGAAAGCUCUUCCCUCUUUUAAUCAGUUUCUUAUAUUCUUGUUUAAUCCAUUAAACAUUGUCUAAUGUACGUCCAAUUCCACACUGUUGCAAAAUUUGCAGAAAACUGCUAAAUUUUAAUGAUCCAGUUUGCUCAUAGUUUUAUUUUUACCAAAAUAUUUACUACAGCAUGUGGGCUACUAAAUAUGCUGGGUAUGUAAGCUUCAUAAUUACUAAUUAUUUAUUUUUUUUACCGCAAUGUGUGCUUUUAGGUAAAUUAGUUUUAAUAUUUUACUAAACUAUUUUUAAAUAAAGAAACAUAAAUAUAUUAGUACCCCUUAAUAGACAGACUUAUUAAUAACUAGUAACAAGUAACAAUUAGUUACUAGGUAUGUACACAUUUUCAAGGAGCAGUAUUAUACAUAUAAGAACUGUUGUAAUCUUAAGUUUUUGUUUUUGUUUUAUUAUUCUUUUAUCAUCACACAUUGUUUUAGUUCUAGAUGAGCUUAUUUAUAUAUAUAUUUAGUUUUGUUUUUUAGUUCUCUAUUGUGUAUUUUUAGUAUAGAAUUCUGUGUCUCUUCCACAAGUAUUGCUUUUAGUUGACAUUAUCAUUUUGUAUCUAAUUGCCAAUCUUAUUAUGUAUUCCAGGAAAUUAAAUAAAAUAUAUAUUAUUAUUAUUAUUGUUUUUAUAAGAAUAUCUCUAAGGACUAAAUGUGGCUUCACACUAGACUAUUAGUUUGAAAUCCAAAGAAAACUGAAAAAUUUCAAAUCUCUAUACUGUUCAAAGUUGUAUUUUUUACUAUACCAAUCCAUCGGUCAGUAUAAAUAAAAAUACAUCUAAAUUCCUAUAAUGAACGUGUGACAGACAUAUACUUUGGAUAAAUUGAAAAAAAGCUAUAAUAAUAGUGGUUACUUCUGCAUCAAAACAUGAAUAAAAAAAAUAUAAUAUAAUGUAUUAUUAACGAAACAUUUUUUUAAACUAUAUUAUUAUUCCGGGGCUUUAUUUUCAAAAUACCAUCAAUACCAUUAGGCAUAACAUUAAAAAUAAUAGUAUUUUAUUUAAUUAUUUCAAUGAAUAAACAUAUUUUUUAUUAAUCAUUACCAACAUUAUUCAUUUGCCUAAAAUUUAUAUUAAUCCUAGUCACUUGCAUGUAUUUCUUGAACAAUUUGUCACAUUCAUUGUCAUAACUGUAAUCUUGAUUAUUUUUAGGUAAUAAAACUUUUGGCACACCAUGGUAGCAUAACCCGCUUUCUUUGCUCAUAAUGAUAAUAUCUUCAGAUCUUAGAAGUACAGCAGUUGGUUUAUCAUCUAAUGAGUGUCCUCCAAUCAGGAAUAUGGCACUCAAACUAAAACUUAAAAAAACAGUAAGUAUAAUAUUAUUAUUACAAUUAUUCGAACAAUAGUCUGAUCUUUUGUUUUACCUGAUUGACAAUAGUGGAGUACUGAGAUUAUACUCUGAAUUAUUGAUGUAUCCAGACAGUUUUGAUGAUGGAUGAUAGAAGUUUACAAUAGCUGCUUCCGCCAUGAAUUCAUUGGGGAAUUGUAACCAUUUAGUUAUAGAUUUACUGAGGUCAGAUAAAUCUGUUGGAAGUUCAUCUUUUGCUGAUUCAGAAUAUACCUGACAAAAAAUUUAAAUGAAAACUAUUAUUUCAUCCACCAUUUUAAUAAAACUAAUAUAAAUUAAUAAUUUAUGUGACCAUAAGAAUAAAUACAAAAAUUAAAAAUCAAAAGUAGAAUAAACAAUACAAAUAAUAAUUACAAAAAAAAAAUUUACAUUGCGAUCAAUAUUUUCAAUUUUGUUUAUAAUUUAUAAUAUUUGUAAAAUGCAAACAGCAAAAGGUAAAUUUAUUCUGUUUAAACCUUUGUAUCCCAGUCAUUGCGAUAUCCAAGUGUAGCGUAAUUGAUCUCUAAGUUUAACAUUAUUAGUCCUAAAAAACACUAUAAUACUAUAUGAACUCAAAUUUAAAAAUAAAUAUUGUAAGUUACUAUCAUAUUUGUGGUAAUAUUGGUUUUAAAUGAAUUCUAUCAGCAAAGAAUUGAAUUUAUACGAAGUAUUGCAAGGCUGUAACAUAUUUAUGUACAGAAAGCUAACUAAUACAUUCAAAUUUAAAAUACUUAAUUAAUUACUUGCAAAUAAAAAUAAUAUUUUAAAACCAAAAUGUUUUGUUAUUAAUAUUACAAAAGUAAUUAUUAAGUGUAUGUUAUAUUUAAUGUACAGCUACAUUAUUUACUGAAGUCCACUAGUCUUAACCAAGCUCAAGAAAAUGGUGGUUAUCAAUAUUUAAACAAUUUGGUUUCUUAGUGUAGUCUGCAAUGUAUCUUUUCAUCCAAUAUUUUUUCCAACUGGUGUGAAUGGAUUUUUAAUAAAUAUUAAACCUGAGUAUAUCAAAUAUAUAAAAUAAUGUUAAUAAUUAUUUUUAAAUUUAAUUAAGUUUUUUAUAUCUUACCUGGUACAUUUAAAAUUUCAUAACAAUUCCAAUUAGAUAAACCUCUUUUCAAUCAUCAAAUUUUUCUUUAUUAUAGAUUGGGUAUUUUAAUUCUUAGUAACUAGGUAUGCAGUGGCAGAUAGGUUUAUAUAUUUUUUUUACCGGGAAAUAAUUUGAAUAAGGGCCCCCAAAAAAUAAGAUGCGAGCACCUUUUUUUUAAUACAACAAUACAAUACAAAACUAAUUAUUAAGUAAUAUAGGUACUCUUAGUACAAAUUUGUUUAUUUUUCAUUGUUUUAAAUCAUAUAAGAAUAUAAUAUAAUAAUAUAUUUUACAUCUACACUUUUUUAAGUUAAUACAUUAAUAUAUUUUUGUCAAGACUCACUAUUUAAUGCAACCUUAUUGAUUACACUAUCUGUACCAAUAGAAGUUAAAAUAUCUUUUUCUACACUCGUGAGUACAAAACUUUUUAAAUGAUCUUGAGUAAUUGAGUUUCUCAAGAAAUUUUUAAAAUAUUUCUUUUGAAAACUCCGUUCACAACCUAGUUGUGUGACUGCAAAUGAUAAAAGUAGUUUAUAACAUAAAUACAGAUAUAGCGGAUAAAUAUUAGUGUAUAAAUUAGUUAACUAAAUAAAAUAUACUUAACUAAAACACUAAAACAACAAACGACACAACACUUUACAGGUCUGCUAGUAUUAUCUGCUUGAUGAGUAGAUAUUUCUUCUGACAUAUUUUCAACACUAAUAAAAUAAACUAAAUUAAUAUUAUAUAUCACUGAAAACAUUAUUCGUAGCAGGUAAAAAUAUUGUAUGAUUGUGUUAUAAUAUUAAUUAAUCAUUGUUUAAAGACAAUAUUUUAGAAUUAUGAAUACAUACCAGUACUAUUGUUUGAUUCAUCUGCACUUUCUUCAAUAUUUUUUUUUUUAUUCAAAACAUUUGCACAAUUUAUUUUAAGCUUAUCCAACUUUGAAACAAAUUCUAUGUACUCUAGACGAAGCUUAUAAGAUAAAUUAGUUUGAAAUGGUAAAACUUUUGUAAAAAUAUUUUUCAAUGCAUCUUCUGGCAAAUAGUCUUUAGUAUAAAAAUUAUUUAGGUCAAGGCAAUUAAAAUCAGCAUACAAUUCCUUAGAUUUUUCUAGAGUACAACAAUUAGAACUGUGAAGCAUGAAGCAUUAGAAUAUAUAGUUGGUUAUGUGGCUAGGCGAUUUGAACAUAAAUAUCCCAAUUUAGGCAAAGAAUCUUCAGUGUCAUUGGAUAGUUCAUUAUCAACCAGCUGGACGCAACAUAUGUCAAGAGGCCACUUAAUUACACCAUCGGAUACAUUAAUGAGAGUUGCAAAAGUAAUGAAUAAAUACUUUGAAGCAAUGCAUGGUACCUCAUUCAAUAAAAAUCCUAAAGUAAUGGAAACAUUAGAAACACAAGUUAUUUUUAAAAGUAAUGAUGUAUUACCAGAUGAAGUGGUAAGCUGUUUAAUCCGAACCCGAACUUUAGUAAGGUUCAAUCAUCUCAAUACAAAUAUUGUCGAUAAUGCUCCAACAGUUGGAAAUAAGACCAAAAUAAGAACAUAUAUAUUAUGCAUUUAA